AUGAAUGGGGAAAACUGUCAAACGGUUCUGAUUCAUUUGCCUAAUGAGAGUGCUGUUUAUGCUUGGUUUGAAGAAUUACAUAUGAUAUAUCAACCAAUACACACAUAUGUAUCUAUAAUUAUGUGUAUAUUCGGUGCUCUUGCCAAUUUUUGUAAUAUUGUAGUUUUGACAAGGCCGCAAAUGAGGACACCUGUCAAUAUGAUCUUAACGGCAAUGGCUUGCUGUGAUACUGUUGUUUUAUUCUCAAACCUUGUUUAUACAACACAUUAUUCGUUUGUUGCUUUCAAAGACUGUCAUCCAAGAAAUUGGAACUAUAAUUGGGCUUUAUUUAUUGUCGCACAUGCUCAUUUAUCUUUAGUUGGUCAUAGCAGUUCCGUAUGGUUAUCAGUUAUGCUGGCUCUCGUACGAUAUCUAACACUGAGAAGCCGCGGAAAUAUGGGAGGAAUUCAGAUUGGGUUAAAGCAUUCAUAUAUAGCAAUUGCUAGUACAGUUCUGUUUGUGGCGAUUGUGAAUGCUCCCAACUUCUUAACUUAUAAGAUAAAUGAAGGAAGGUUGUCCGAUGUUUGUAAAGUCAAAGAUCCUUUAGUAGAAAACGCUUCAUCAUAUAUUCCAGUUGUUGCUGAUAUUGCACUUGCUCAUCAUUGCCUUGUGUUUCGUUUGGCAUUCUGGAUCUCAGGAUUGGUUUUUAAAGUUAUGCCAUGCUGUUUACUAUCUCUUUUUGUUUGGCUGCUGCUUGGAAUUCUUAAAGAGGUAAAAGCCAAUCGUCAGAGGCUUCUGAAAAAUUCAAGGCAUACUCCAAGUGCUACGCCUACACGAAACGCUUGGGUCGGAUCUUUGCCCGGAGAGAAGCUUCAUCGUGGUAGCAUCAAAGGUCGCGGUGAACGAGCAGACCGUACGACACACAUGCUGUUAGCUAUAGUGGUUGUUAUGCUUGUCACAGAAAUGCCUCAGGGUAUUAUGGCUCUUUUAUCCGGUUUAUUCUCGGAACAGUUUCGUACACAUAUUUAUAAUAAAAUUGGAGAUGUAUUAGAUCUCUUAUCACUCUGUGGUGCUUGUAUGUCUUUCAUUAUUUAUUGUUCCAUGAGUGGACAAUUCCGUAACGAGUUCAAACGAGUUUUUCUACCUCGAUUCUUUUCCUGUAAAAAAAAGAAUCCGAGUGUUCGACGACAAUCUGAUACAUAUACCAAAAUGACAUAUCUACGAGCUACUGAUUGCAAAAAUGGAAACGGUUCCAUCUGUUCAGAUGUUGAUAGAACAACUAUGAAAUGUAGUAGUAUGGAUAUAAGUCGUUCAUACAACGAAUUAGCAACUUCUCCAUCAUCUGCUCAGCAAUUUACUCCAUCUCCAGUACCUCCAAAAGCUGAUGUUAAGCCGGUGCCUGUUGAAUCCGAAUCAACAGAAUCAACAUCUAGGGAAACAAUAGAGGAAGAAACAGGUCAUGCCUUCUUAGAAAUUACUCAGGAAAAGGAGCAAGAAGCUCCUUUAAUAGUUGAUGUCUAA